AAGCCUUUGCUGGUGUGUUGCAGCAGUUUUGACUGGACUGUUACACAGGAGGCCUCUGACGGGAUGAGAUCCUGGUUGACUGCCCUUGUGUGUGUCGCUGCGGCUGCAGUGGGGCAUGGCGGCCCGAUCCUACGGAAACCAACAUCCAAGGAUGCUCUGCAAGCUGCCAUCCACAAAUACAAUGCAGGGUCUGGCCAGGAAAACCUCUAUAAGCUCACGGGAGCAUACUGCAUCGCAAUGAAGGAACUAACACAAGGCAGGGAAUACGAGAUUGGAUUUUCCCUCAUGGAGACUGUAUGCACUAAGGGAAUGGAGGACAGAAUGCAACAGUGUGCAUUUAUGGAGAAUGGGACGGCACUGACCUGUAAUGGAGAGAUUACAAUUCAAUACGAUGUCCCAAGACCAGUAAGAACUUCGGUCACCUGCGUACAGAACUGAGUGAAGAUUUUGAAAGAGGAGCAUGAACAGCAGCGAACAAGGGAGAACCAGUUGCCGAGGCAGCCAAAAAUCUUGAUUGUGGGACGUAAUUUGUAAAAUAUAUUAAAAUAUUGCCUGUGGACUUCCUUGAAAAUACAGUUAAUGUAAGGCAUAUUUCAAGAGUAAAAUUUGCAAUCCAUAUUGUAUUCAGCCUUUGGGCUAGGUCCCAACCCAUUUUCUUGAGAAAUUAUGCCAAAUAUUUCUCAGCAUCAAUAGCAACUGGCAUUAAAAAGCCUGAUUAAGUAAUCUAUACCCCUUAGUGUGGUCAUAAGGCUAAUGUUAAAUGGAAUUAUUUUUAAAGAGUGAAUCACAUUGUUUGAAUAAUCAAAUUAUAAUUGCUAUUAAAUGUAAAUUUGACUCUGAGUUUAAU